AUUGUGGAGGAGACAGCUCUCUUACCUGUGGCUUUCUUCCCGUGCCUGAAGGAGCUGACAUUUAACAACAACCCUCUCACCACCACCCGGCGCGGGCAACCACCUCUGCUGACCCAGGUCCUCCAGCACAACCUGGGGAUUAAACUUGUCCGACAGCAGAGCCUAGCUGUGGAGAGGUGGCACUUCUCCAUCCCUCUCAAAGCCAGCCGCAAGGUCACGUCACAUCUCCCCAAAGUCACAAAGCAGCCCCUGAUGUUGGAAGCUCCUGCCAAGACCUUUUUGUGGAAACAACUCCCAGCUGUGGUGGAGGCUGUGAGAGAUGCUGCUGCACCUGCACGUCUGGCCCAGCCACUGCCCCUCAUCAGCUCCGAGACCCCAGCCAGCAGCCAGCAGCCAGCACUGAGGGAAGGGGAAGGUGACUCCAGGCCUCCUCCUGCCUCAGCCGAGGAGGACGUUGCAUCCUUCUUCAUGACACAGGUGGAAGAUGUUUCCAGACCCCUGUUGAGACCCAUGGCAGAGGACAGCUUGGAGAAGAGUGAGCAGAGGCAGGAAGGAAGCUCCCAGGUUGUUCCAGAGCAAUACAAAGGCUACGAGGAGCUGCUUGGUGGAGCCACAGACCCAGAUUUUAUUGAGCCAGUUGGGAUACAGAAGAACGCCCAGGCGCUGCGCUACGUCCUGAAACACCCCCUGGUUUACCGGGAUGCCAAGCCACGACUGGACAGUGUGCAGAAACCCUACGUGCCUCAGAAAAAGCGUGGGAGGAUGCCCAGCCCUCCUGCCCGAAAGACAAGAGCAGAAGUCCUGGAAGGAAUCCUGAUGGCCAUGAGAAACACCUCGACCAUCACUGAAGUCCCCUUGGUGUCUGUUUUGCAGAAGAGGAAAUCCAACCCCAGGGCAUACUGGGAAGCACGGAGGCUGAUGGAGGAAUUCCAGGAGGUGUUUGAGAUCCCCACCACAACCGUCGGGGAGGAGAUGACCAAGUCGCUGGGUGAACUGCAGGUGAUAAAAGCUCUUCUUGCUGAGGAAACAUCUAAACAAGGGAGCCCCAAACAGCUACAGCUGCCAGGGAAGAGAAUGGCCAAGAAAAUGCCCAAAGUUUAG